UCAGACGUCAGCGCAGAAGAAGAAGAAGAAGAAAAAGGGGAGCGGUGGCGCUAGCUAUGGCGAUAAGUUGACCACACAAUUAAACAAUCCAGGCUUCUGUUUUAUUUUUGGUUUAUUGUCUGAAAGAAGUUGAUGUCACGGACAUCGGCCUAAACAACACGGUGGAGGAUAUAUCUGAUUUUCUGUUGGUGUCAUUGCUGAAUUCACACCAGUAUUGAUAAUAAACAGUGAGCAGGAGCCGACGGAGCAGCUUCAUCACAUUGUUGUGUUCAUCUCUACGUACGCUGGCGUCGUUUUCUGCCCCUUAACGAUGCCGCUGGGUUUGAAGCCAUGCUGCGCGGUGUGCAAGACGAACUCUUCCUCGAUGUGGAAGAAAGGAAACCUGGGAGAAAUCCUCUGCAACAACUGCACAGGGAAGAGCAGCAUCGGCGGAACAUCAGGACCCUCCGUGUCCUCCAUCAUACAGCCCAGCAAUGGCGGCGGAAAGCAGUCCAAGCAGGAGAUCCACAGGAGGUCUGCGCGGCUGAGAAGCACCAAGUAUAAAGCUCCAGCCUCGGAGAAAAAAGUGUCCACAAAAGGAAAGGGAAGGAGACACAUAUUCAAACUCAAAAAUCCAAUCAAAGCACCGGAAUCUGUAGCAACAAUCAUCUCAUCAGAAUCUGUAUUUUAUAAGGGCGUGUACUACCAGACAGGAGAUGUGAUUAAGGUAAUAGACGAGGAAGAUGGGAAGCCGUACUACGCUCAGAUACGGGGCUUUGUGCAGGACCAGUACUGUGAGAAGAGUGCAGCACUGACCUGGCUUAUUCCUACACAGGCAAGCCCAAAGAACCAGUUCGAUCCAGGGACUUACAUUGUUGGCCCAGAGGAGGAUCUGCCCAGAAAGAUGGAGUACCUGGAGUUUGUGUGCCACGCCCCCUCUGAGUAUUUCAAGUCACGUAGCUCCCCGUUCCCAACUAUCCCUAUACGACCAGAAAAAGGCUACAUCUGGACUCACAUAGGGUCCACACCGGCCCUCACUGUCAAAGACGCUGUCAGUGGCAGCAGUUAACAGGACGGUGAUAUGGACUCAUUCUGUUACUGAACAGAUGAAUGUACAUUUAUGUAAUAUAAUGAAAACAAAAAUGGCUGUCAAGCGCAGACAUUCCUUCAAAAUGUAAGUUGUUACAAAAUAAACUAUGUGUAAUUUCUUUUAAAAUUGGGUGUUUACACACCUGAGAUAUUGGAAUAUUACUUUUGUAUUUGUUAAUAAACAAAAAAGAUAACUUUCACAAA